AUGAGUUCCUAUCGUUUUUAUUCCAAAAUUGCGACUAAAGAGAUUUAUCCCCGCACAACCAUUAAAAUAUUUCGGAGCAAUAAGAAAGUGGAACCAACAAGAACUGAGGAAAACAGAACAGCAACAAAGCCUACAAUAAAUGAAGAAACGGAACCCAACGAAUAUUAUGAAAAUGUGGUCAAAAUUCAAAUGUUACCCCGUACCUUACACCAACAAAUAUUUCCUAAUUCCCAAAGGGAUGAAGCCUCAAAUAUCCCUCACACAAAAUCGGCAUUAAUACGCCAAGAUUUGCAACGACAUGGUAUUGAUAUCGAGAGUACUGAAGCCUUGGAAGAUGUUGAUUUAAAAUUACCACCACUUAAGGGUCGGAAUAUUGAAGAACAUUUUAUGGAAAUUGGUCGGGAACAGGUGAAACCUUAUAAAGACCUGCUGCAACCUCUCCUCUCCAUACCAACACUACCAAGAAAACCCGAAAAAUGGUCAUUACAGGAGGGAUGGACAAUAUAUGACCCUGGUACAGGCGAUGCACGUUCCAUAGAACACCCCCUAGAAGAUGGUUUAGUUUUCGAUGUGGAAGUCUGUAUGUCCGAAGGACCCAUGCCCACUUUGGCCACUGCGGUUAGUGCCAAACAUUGGUAUUCUUGGGUAAGUCCACGUUUGGCGGCCCAAGAAACCCAGAUGAAUGUCAGGCAAAAAAUACCCCAUCACACCACCGAAGAAUUGAUACCCUUGGGUCGUCAAGGGCCAAAAAUUGUGGUGGGCCAUAACGUGUCAUAUGAUAGGGCACGAUUAAGGGAACAGUAUCUCUUAGAAGACACCAAAGUAAGAUUUUUGGAUACCAUGUCUUUGCAUGUGUGUGUCAGUGGUGUGACCAGCUAUCAAAGGGCUUUGAUGAAAUCGAAAAAAGAACCCGCCCCCGAGGAUUUGGAAUGGCUGAGUCAAAGUUCGCUGAAUAGCCUGGCUGAGGUUCAUCGUUUAUAUUGUGGUGGUGAGGCCAUAAAUAAAGAAGAACGUAAUGUGUUCGUGGAGGGUACCCUGCAGGAUGUACGCGAGGAUUUCCAAGCUUUGAUGUCCUAUUGUUCGAAUGAUGUGGCAGCUACCCAUCGUAUUUUACAAAAAUUGUAUCCCUUAUUUGAGGAGCGUUUUCCACAUCCUGUCACCUUGGCGGGUAUGCUUGAAAUGGGUUCCGCAUAUUUACCGGUCAAUAAAAAUUGGUUACGUUAUAUUAAUGAGUCGGAUUUGGCCUAUGAGGAUCUAAGUAUCGAAGCUAAAUAUCAUUUGGCCAGUCGAGCGGAUGAGGCCUGUAGCCUAAUGGAGCGGCAGCAGUAUAAAAAGAAUUUAUGGCUGUGGGAUGAGGAUUGGUCAACGCAGGAAUUUAAAAUGAAAAAGCCAGCCACCAAGAAACAAAAGGAGAAAAUGCAAAAUGAGGAUCCCAUCCUCGAUACAAACUUGACGGAGGAGGAAAAGCGGCUGUAUCGAAAAUUCCAAUAUUUAUAUGAUAUGAAAUCUCAGCUGCCAAGCCGAAGGCCUUUACUACCCGGUUAUCCUGCCUGGUAUCGUAAAUUGUGUACAAAACCUCCCCUAGAGGGGGAUGAUGAUGACGAUUGGCGGCCAGGGCCAACUGAAAUCAGUACCGGAAUGCAAAUCGCUCCAAAAUUGUUAUCUCUAUGCUGGGAAGGUUAUCCCCUGCAUUAUACCCGGGAACAUGGUUGGGGAUUUUUGGUACCCUUUACCACACAGCAUCCAGAACAAAAUGAGGGAGAGUCGCAAGAUCAAAAAGUCAGGGUACCAAUUGAACAGCUUGCCAAGAUGUGUCCCAUACCCGAUUUUGCCCGCCAUUAUGCCUCCGAAGAGGAAAGUGAAUAUGCCUUUGCUAAUCUCAACCGAGAAUUGGAUGCGAAGUUGGGAAAGCGGGAAUUCUACAGCAAAUCGCCAAAGAAAAAUCAUACAGAGGGUAUAUACAAGGGUUCCGGUGUGUGGUGUAAUCAAAUAUUGGAUAAUUGUUGCUUCUUUCUGAAACUGCCGCACAAAAAUGGCAAAAGCCUGAGGGUGGGCAACCCUUUGUCCCGAGAUUUCCUUAAUAAAUUUUCCGAAAAUGUCCUAACCAGUGCUGAGAGUGGUGAGAGCAGUGUGGCGGGACGUAUUAUUAAAAUAGCACGCAUGAUGUCGUACUGGAGAAAUAAUCGGGAUCGUAUUAUUGGUCAAUUGGUGGUGUGGCUAAGCCCAGAGGAGAUGCCGAGCAGUUUGAAAAAUCAAAAUUAUGAAUUUGGAGCUAUUUGUCCCCAGGUGGUAACCUGUGGCACCCUCACGAGACGUGCUAUGGAGCCCACCUGGAUGACAGCCUCAAAUUCCCAGGCGGAACGCAUUGGCUCAGAGCUAAGGGCCAUGGUCCAGGCUCCACCAAAUUACAAAAUUGUGGGUGCCGAUGUGGAUUCCCAGGAAUUGUGGAUUGCCUCGGUGCUGGGUGAUGCCUAUGCCUAUGGUAUACAUGGUGCCACCCCUUUGGGUUGGAUGACCCUUAGUGGUACCAAGUCCAAGGGCAGUGAUAUGCAUUCCAUAACUGCCAAGGCUGUGGGUAUUUCAAGAGAUCAUGCCAAGGUCAUUAAUUAUGCGCGGAUUUAUGGUGCAGGGCAAAAUUUUGCGGAAGGAUUAUUAAAGCAAUUUAAUCCCACCUUUUCGGCUACAGAGGCCCGUUCUAAGGCCAUGAAAAUGUUUAGCAUUACCAAAGGCAAAAAGUCGUAUCGUUUGAAAAAAGAGUUUCAGGAGGAGUUUGACAAUCGCAGAUAUACCGGUUAUGAUGCUUUGAAAUUGGCCUCCUCCAAUAAUCGAGCCGUCGAUGAAAUGUUUGAAAAGGCCCGCUGGGAGGGUGGUACCGAGAGUGCCAUGUUCAAUCGUUUGGAAGAGAUUGCCAGUGGCGAGGAACCCAUAACCCCAUUUUUGGGUGGACGUCUAAGUCGUGCCUUAGAGACCUCGGGCACCAGUACCUCCGAUGAAAAUCGUUUUCUACCCACCCGCAUCAAUUGGGUGGUUCAAAGUGGGGCGGUGGAUUUUUUACAUCUGAUGUUGGUUUCGAUGAGAUGGUUAUUAGGCGAUAAGGCCCGAUUUUGCCUUAGCUUCCAUGAUGAAUGUCGUUAUUUGGUGGAAGAGAAAUGUGCCUAUCAAGCGGCCCUGACAAUGCAUAUCACAAAUUUAUUGACACGGGCAUUUUGUUCCUCACGUUUGGGCCUGCAGGAUCUUCCCAUGUCGGUGGCAUUUUUCUCAUCCGUCGAAGUGGAUACGGCAUUGCGUAAAGAAUGUUCGAUGGAUUGUGUGACACCCUCAAAUCCACAUGGUUUGAAAAUGGGUUAUGAUAUUCCGCCCGGUGAGAGUUUGAAUAUUUAUGAGGCGAUUAAAAAGGCGGGUGGUAAUGAUUUGACCAAAUGGCAGUGGAUAAAAUGA